AUGGUCACUCACCUGUGGGCAGACAACAGGAGGAACGACAUCAUAUCACCAGAUGACAUCACACCCCUGGCCCCUGAAGCAGAGACCAUAGUCACCCCCAUUUUCCAGAUGGGGAAGUUGAGGUCCUGGGCCCAGGAGGUGAGAAUCAAGGGUGAGCUGUCUUGGGGGUCUGCAGCACUGGCUGUGUUAACCCCAGACGCCCCAGAGCAGGACCACGUGGGUCAUCACGGCCACCGACAGCUGAAUAUGGCUCUCACCACCAAAGCACAGGCCGGCAGGAAACGAGGGGUUUCUUGGAAAAAGCUGGGACAUGGGGACAUGCUGGCCUCUGACUACGCUGCGGCCGACGGGCGCGGAACGCACAUCCCGCCGCCUCCUGGGACCCGGGGCCACGACAGGGCGGGCAUCGCAGAGGCGGGCGAGGGCGGGCGGCAUUCAGACCAACAGGCCCCUCUUGUGCCGCCUUCAAUCGCCAUUGACCGAAGACAAACCGGGCUGCAUUUCAGGGUUUCCAUUUCAGCGGUCCCCGGGGGUGGCCGGCUGCAGUUUGCGGGGGAGGAGGAAUGGGGCCCAAGAACUUUCUGCCAAUCGGAGGCCCAGGGUGCGGCCCGGCAGAUCGGGGAAAGGAAGGCGCUCCUUAUCGACCCCGAGUCUGCCCAUCCUUCAGGACACAACGCAGUCCUGUUUCCCCCUGAAAGCCCCCCCGGCCAUCCCACCCACGCCAUGCCCUGCCUCCGAGUCACCCUCGGGGACUUGAACCAUUCUCGGGGGCACCCACACACCCCACCUCAUAACCCCGUACCAACUGUGCCCAGCCCUGCCCCCCACCCGCAGACCCAGAGACGGCACGGCCUGCCCUCCAGCAGCCCAGCAGAUGGGGUGGGCGCCCUCACCCAAGCUGGGCCCACCCGGCUCUCCGGGUGGGGCUGGGGCUUGCGUGGCAGUGCCCAGUGGGCACCCUGCCCCGCCCAGGCCCCGCCUAAAGGACCCAAACGGGCGGGCCCUGGAGGCCCAGCUGUAGCAUCCUCGGGGCGGUCAGGGCCCCUCCCCACCCCGGGUCUGGAGAAGAAGGGCCGUGUGGCCGCGCCCACCAGGCUCAGCUCUCCCCAUCCCCCGCGCGGGGCCUGGGAGCCCAGAGCCCUGCGGCGCGUCCAGCCGCCCAGCGCUGCCCUUGGAAGGAGCGACGGGCGGCUCCCUAGCAUCUGUGCCGAAACCCCGCGACGGGGAAGUUGGGGCGGGGGGUGCACCCAGAACGAGCUCCCGCUCACGCCCACCCGCCGGGCCCCGACCCCUUCGGCCUCCCCUCACGCCCCGACAAUGCCUCCGGGUCGGCCGCCCGGCUCCGGACCAGGCCCGGGGCUACCGCCGCCUCCCGCAAUCCCUCGGUCCUUUGUUGCCCGGCGAGCCCCCUCCCUCGGGGUUCGUCCGGCUGUUCCUACCUUCGCCCCUCCAGCAGCAGGCGGAGCGGCGGGCGGCGGGGGCGCCCGACCCCCGUCCUCUCCCGGCGCCGGGGCACCGGCGGGGGCAGAGGAUGCUGCGGCUCCCCCUCCCCGCGCGCCGCUGCCCACCGCCUGCAGCCCCUCCCGGCACCGGGGUUCCGCGUUCGCGCUCCGGGUCCGGGCCUCGCGCGCCGCGUGUACGGCCGGCUGGGCGGCGGCAGGAAAGCGGGGAGGCGCUGAGCCGGGCAGCCCUGGCCGCCGCCUGCGCUCCCAGCGGCGGAGCCCGAGCCGAGCAGAGCUGGAGCGGAGCGAGCGGCCCGGCUCCGGGAGGGAACAAAAGGGGCUGCGGCGCCGCGCCGCAAGGGGGCGGGCGGGCGGAAAACGCCCCGGCACCUCGUCCACCGGCUCCUAG